AUGGAUUCAUUUGGCAUUCAGAAUGUUAAAUUCGAGAAGGCCAACGCCAUCUUGAGGUACCGUAGGCGUCAGAAAAUCACAACCCUGUUCAGGUUCAUCGAAAUAUUCAUCUUUCUCGUGAUUAUCACCAGGUUUUCCUGUCAAUUUCCUCUCGCUAAUUUCAAACUCUCUGGUGAAUACUUUCGAGGCCUCUCAGUCACCCUGGUCAGUACUCGGUUUGUCUUCGUUGUUGGAAACGUGAUAAUCGUUACUCUCUUCUGGAAAUCUGGACAGUUUUCAGCUCAAGAUGAUACCAACAAUAACAUCAAAUUUGAUUUCCAUGAUGAUUAUGUCGAAAACAGUCAAAAGAAUCAGAAUAUUUAUGGGACUGAGAGUGAGAACCAGGGGAAACAGAGCAGGGAUAAGGAUUGUACAGCUACACCUGAUCUGUUUGGUUCCAAGGAAAGAAAGAUUCAUAGGUGUCAAUCAGAGGAUUUUAAGAAAUUGCACCAUGUGGAGCCUUGUCGGGAACUAAGGCGAUCAGUGACGGAAAGAAACUGGGAAAGUGUAAAUUAUAGUGAGAAACCAGCAGUGAAUUCCCAUGCAGAGGACGAAAUGAGCAGUGAAGAAUUCAGGCGCAAGGUUGAGGCUUUCAUUGCCCGACAGCAGAAGUUACUAAUGGAAGAAUGA